UCGUUGGUGUAUUUGCCAUGUUUGCGGAAGUUGCGUUAUUGCCGCUAGCUGAAGUUCAUUUGUUCUUGUGUGUGCGUGUUUAAUAUUUUAUAGUUAAACAUGAAUCUACCAAAAGGUCCAGAUUCUCUGUGUUUCGACAAGGAUGUAUUUAUGAAGGAUGACUUUGAUGUUGAUCAGUUCGUGGCGGAGUGUCGAAAGCAUGUCCAGCUGGAGGAGAUGAGAGAAGACCUGGAGCUCUACUAUAAAUUGCUCAAAACUGCCAUGGUGGAACUUAUCAACAAAGACUAUGCUGACUUUGUUAACCUAUCCACCAACCUGGUUGGAAUGGACAAAGCCCUCAAUCAGCUGUCUGUUCCAUUGGGACAGUUACGAGAGGAGGUUAUGAGCCUCCGGGCCUGUGUGAGUGAAGUGAUUCAGGCGAUAGACAACCAGCUUUCUAAACAAGACGACCUGCAGAAAAAAAAGGUAUGUGUAUUGAGGCUGAUUCAGGUGGUGCGAUCAGUGGAGAAAAUUGAGAAAAUUCUCCAUUCCCAAAAUGCCAAAGAAUCCACUUCUCUGGAAAUUAGCAGUCCUCUGUUAGCAGGCCAGAUUCUGGAGAGAAUAGCUACAGAAUUCAACCAGCUGCAGUUCCAUGCUGUACAGAGUAAAGGCAUGCCCCUAUUGGACAAAGUCAGACCUCGUAUCGCAGGCAUCACCUCCAUGCUUCAGCAUUCUCUUGAGGGUCUGUUGAUUGAGGGCUUGCAGACAUCCAACGUUGACAUGGUGCGUCAUUGUCUGAGGACGUAUGCCACUAUAGACAAGACCCGAGAUGCUGAGGCCCUCGUAGGACAGGUGCUCGUCAAACCAUACAUGGACCAGGUGAUAUUAGAGGAGGUUGUGAAGUCUAACCCCAAUGGUCUCCAGCUGAUGUACUCAAGACUGUUGGAUUUUGUUCCUCAUCACUGCAGACUGCUUAGAGAGGUGACUGGAGGAGCCAUAUCCAGUGACAAAGCGGUUACUGUGCCAGGUUACGAUUUCCUGGUCAACUCCGUGUGGCCGGAGAUAAUCAGAGGAAUAGAGGAGAGGAUGUCUUACCUCUUUAACCCUGGAAACCCUGAUGUGUUUUAUGAGCGGUACAACGUGAGUAUGGAGUUUGUGAGGAGUUUUGAGCGUCAGUGCAGCUCACAGGCCAGUGUGAAAAGGCUGAGGAUUCAUCCUUCAUACACCAGCUUCCAAAACAAGUGGAACCUUCCUGUGUACUUUCAGCUUCGGUACAAGGAUAUAGCAGGAAGUUUGGAGAACGCCAUAAGUGACGAAUUACAGUCAGCUCCAGUGGGCAGUUCAUACCACCUCCAGGUGUCUGAGGUGUUGUGGUCCUGCCUGUUGAAGUGCUGGUCAGAUAAGAUCUAUCUGUCACCUCUGGCCCAUCGUUUCUGGAAGCUCACGCUGCAGCUCUACUCUCGAUAUGCCAAGUUCCUGGAUGAGGUGCUGACAAAGACUCCACCCACUGAGGUGCCAAAAGAGCCAACCAGGCCACUGCCCAGUUCAGCCUCAUCCACCUCCAGUCGAACAUCAUUGGACGAGGGCGGUAGUGAGAGUGGGAGUCCCAUGUCCCUGUUCACCAAACAGCUGGUCUUUAUUGCAGCUGAUGUCCAAAAGCUGCAAGAACAGAUUCCAGAAUUGUCACAGAUGGUCCAACAGAGAUUGGAAUCCAUUGGAUUUAAAAACUUUGCUAUUGUGGAAGACGCUCUAGCAGACUCCAAAGCCUGUCUGUCGAGCAGCGCUCCCACUCUGAACACCAGGAUGAAUCAGCAUCUAACUGAACGUUGCUGUCGCUUCCUGAAGAGUGCCUCUGAGGUUCCACGGCUCUACCGUAGGACAAAUAAGGAUCUGCCAGUGCGUGCCUCCGCGUACAUGGACAAUGCGUUACGUCCGUUACAUCAGUUGGUGACUGACUCAGCGGGGCUCGUCACCCCUUCUACAGCACAAGAGUGGCUGCGGGUUUCGCUGUCGGAAUGCACACACAGGUACUAUGAAACCAUUUCAGAGGUGCUGAGCUCUGUUCGGAAGAUGGAGGAGAGCCUGAAGCGAUUAAAGCAAGCCAGGAAGACAACAGCCACGUCAGCAACAGCAGGAGCCAACGGGGGACCAACUGAUGACACAAAAAUCCGUCUGCAACUGGCUCUGGAUGUAGAAUACCUUGGAGAGCAGAUUGAGAAAAUGGGUCUGCAGCCAAGCGACAUCUCCAUGUUCUCGACUUUGUUGGACUUGGUAAAAGAGGCAAGAGAGCUUGCCGAGCAGAACCAGUAGAAGGAUGACACCGCUACAACACAAACCAAGUAACAUUACUGGAAUCACUUCUGAAGUUCCCUGAGACCUGUACUAAAAAAAUCCACAAUAUACUUGGUCUUAUACUGGCAGGUGAUGGUGCAUAUCAUUCCAGUCUAUAAAUGUGUCUUACAGUACAAGAGGAGAAGUUUAAAUUUUUACAUAAAUAAAUAGAGGGUCUAUAAGGAGUUUCUUCAGUCUAAACAAUGAUAAUUUUUUAAAGCUUGUAAUGAUAAGACCUCAAGUCUCAGUUUUGUCUGAUUAAAAAGUGCAUAAGAUUUUGUGAAGAUCUCAUGAUCCUCUUACUGUAUGUGAGGCGGGAUCAUCACUGGAUCUGGUGUAGACCUUGUUAGUUAACUGAACAAUGGUAUUUCUGUUGCAUUUCAUCAGUGGGGAGUGUGGUCAGGAAACAUUUUUAUAAAAAAACAAAACAGUGAUAAUGAAUGCUGUACACUGUUCACAUCAAACUGCUGUACUGCUGACGUAUUUGUUCAGGUUGUUUGGUAAUGUUCUGGAAAUCUAAAAUCUGUUGUAAAGAAAAUGUAAAACAGCACUCAUGCAGUAUGUUUAUUUUGUCUGAAGGAUGGAGUAGAAAUAAAAUAAGCAUAAUUGUGAGUAUUUGA